AUGGCGCUGCCGUCCACCAUCUCCACCGCCCAGGCCCUCGUCGGCGAGGGUCUGCCUGCAACCCUCAUCACCCAGGCCUCGGAUGCCCACCCAAAGCCCCAGGGACACAAGUUCACCUACGGCACCGCAGGCCUCCGGACAAAAGCCGACACGCUGGACAGCACCUGCUUCCGCGUCGGCCUGAUCGGCGCGCUCCGCAGCAAGAAGCUCGGCGGAAAGACGAUCGGCCUCAUGGUCACCGCCAGCCACAACCCCGUCGAGGACAACGGCGUGAAGAUGGUCGAUCCCCGCGGCGAGAUGCUCGAGUCGUCCUGGGAGCCCUUCUGCACCGCCAUCGCCAACGCCGAGACGUCCGACGAGCUCGUGGCCUCGCUCGAGAAGCUCGUGGCCCACUUCAAGGUCGACCUCUCGGCCCCGGCCUCGGUCGUCGUCGGCUACGACACCCGCCCUUCUUGCCAGACGCUGGUCAAGGCCAUCAUCGACGGACUCUCGGCCAUGGGUGCGCAAACCAUCGAUGCCGGCCUCAAGACGACGCCGCAGCUCCACUACCUCGUCAAGUGCCUCAACACCCAGGGCACCGAUGAGGCCUACGGCGAGCCCACCGAGGAAGGCUACUACAAGAAGCUCGCCAACGCCUACAUCAAGCUGGUCUCUGGCAAGGGAGAGAGCGCCCCUCUGACAGUCGACUGCGCCAACGGCGUCGGAGCUCCGGCCCUGCUGAACCUGACCAAGUACAUCCCCGCCGAGCACCUGUCUGUGCGUGCCCUGAGGACGGCCACCUCUUCGCCCAACGAGCUCAACCACGGCUGCGGCGCCGACUUUGUCAAGACCAACCAGUGCCUGCCUGCCGGCUACGACAAGGAGGAUGUCAAGGCGGGCGAGCGGAUGUGCUCGUUUGAUGGCGAUGCAGACCGCAUCGUGUUCUACUACCUCAAGGGCCCUGCGGGCGCCAAGGAGAGCUUCCGGCUGCUGGACGGCGACAAGAUUGCGAGCCUUGCGGCCGACUACCUGAGCGAGCUGGUCAAGGUGGCGGGCAUCGACCUGGAGCUGGGGUGCGUGCAGACGGCCUACGCCAACGGCAGCUCGACCAAGUACCUCAAGCAGCGGGUGCCGGUGACGUGCACGCCGACGGGCGUCAAGCACCUGCACCACGCGGCCGAGUCGUACGACAUUGGCGUCUACUUUGAGGCCAACGGCCACGGCACGAUCCUCUUUUCAGCGUCUGCGCAGCGCAAGAUCCGCGAGGCGUCUCCGGGAUCGCCGGCGGCGCAGGGAGCGCUCGAGCAGCUGAGCGCGCUGGUGGACCUGAUCAACCAGACGGUGGGCGACGCGCUCUCGGACAUGCUGCUGGUCGAGGUGAUCCUGCGAGCGCGGCAGUGGGGUCCCGAGGAGUGGGACGGCGCGUACGAGGACCUGCCCAACAAGAUCCUCAAAGUCAACGUCAAGGACCGCUUCCUGUUCAAGACCGAGGACGCCGAGAGGCGGCUGACGAGCCCCGCCGGUCUGCAGGACAAGAUCGACGAGGUGGUGGGCAAGUACAAGGACGCACGCAGCUUUGUGCGCCCGAGCGGCACCGAGGACUGCGUGCGGGUGUACGCCGAGUGCGCGAUUGCGAGCGAGCUGACGCCGCUGGCGACGAGCGUAUCGAAGCUGGUUGCCGAGUACGCCUAG